CGGUACGCUCGAAUCCACUUCAUGCGCAUGGGACCACAUGCUGCCGUGCUUGCGAUCCUCGCCGCCAUCUGCUAUGGCCUCGUGCGUGGAGACCUCGCGCUGACCGCCGUCGUCGACGCCGAGAUCCACGCGCUCGAGGAGGUCACAACGCUCCUUGAGACGCGGCGAGGCCUUCUCCAUGCGCUUACCACCAACGCGUCCGUGCCAAUUGCGUCUGCGCCCGACCUCUUUCUCGAUGAGGCCGCCCACCGCUUUGGCCAGCGCGUGAGCCACACAGAGCUCAUCUCGCUGCGCGUCAACAGCUACAUGCAGCACCAGCGGGCAAAGCGCAAGCUCGAUCCAGCCGGCGAGUUCUUGCACCUUCUCGCCGUCGUGCACGGGAAUGGCUGGCUUCGUCUUGUGAAUCCAGUGUCACUUGUAGAGGUGUGGGCGGUGCAGACGCAUGUUCGCCAUGCGACCGCGAUCACGAGCAUCAGUGGCAGUCGCAAUGCCAUUGCGCUUGUCGAUGCUCAUGGCGCUGUCACCGUCUUUGCCCUCCGCGUGUAUGAGAACGGCCGGCUGGCGAUGGGCGAAUUCGUGCGGCGGCGACCGACCGACGCGCCUGUCUGUCUCGUCCACGCCGCGCCUUGCGUCGACGCGAUCCUCGCGUCAUCGGUGUACCGCCAAUUGCACCCUCGCAUGCCAGUAUGGGUCACCAGCGCGGCACCACAAGGAGGCUAUCACUACGAAUUUGAGAGGCUGUACGCCACCAAGCGCUUUGCGGUGCCGAUCGUGACGGCGUUGACGCAAACACACCACGACAUGCACCUCGUGGUCGGCACUCAUGACGCGCAGCUUCUCGUCUUCAAUAAGCGCGGCGACCGUGUCCGACGCACGGAAGUGGACGGUCCGAUCCGCGCGCUGACGCCGCUCACGGGCGGCUCUGUGGUGUUCGCCUUUAGCAAUGCCCUUGGCAUGGUCAACGUCAACGGCGACGGGACACCGCAGACCUGCGUUGGCUCCAAGGACGCGAUUGUAUCGCUUCUGCGAGAUGCCCAGCGCCCGCUGAUGCUCUUUGCCGGCACGAGUCGCGGCAAUGUCUUGGUCUUGCACCUGCAGCGCCUCUUGGCGGCGGCGGGACGGACUGCGGCGUGCCACAUUCUACACGAGCUCCGCCCAAUGCAUGAAGAAGCGGAUGAGAACGACGUUGUGCCGCACUUGAUGGCGUGGCGCAAGCAUGUUUUCGUCGUGGCGCGCGAUCAGUUGACAGGCUACCGCGUCGCGGACGACACUGCGAUCCGCGUGCUACAUCGCGAGUGGCCAGUCCCAGGCACUGCCGUUGCCGCGCAGCUGACUCGCGACGCGCCGAGUGAGGCGACCGCGGCGGUGCACUUUCUUCAUUCCAACGGAACCCGCGACGUUGUUGUGCUCCAGCUGCUCCUCACCCACGAAGAAAUGAUGUACGACGUCACGUGGAUUCGAACACCGUUGCUGGUGCUUUGCGCAGGAGGGUUUAUCGUGUGGCAGCGCAGUAAGAAGAAGAGCGCGGCAGCUGGCUCAGGUGUCGACGAAGCCGAGCUCAUGCGCCUCGCCGAGCAGUUUGGUCACCGCUUCGGCGCGACCACAUAAUGUCAGCACAGCGGUCUUGCAAUCCACUUCGGCGGACGCUGCGAGACCGAUUCCCAUCAACGACACCUUUCCAC